AUGAACAGGUGGCAGCGUUACCUGGAAGAAUCGGAGCUUUACCCAAAUUCCAUCAUCGGGUUUCGGAAGAAGCUCGGGACGCAAGACGCCAUGAUCUUACUGGAAAACGAGAUCAUCGACGAUACGACGGGCACCAAGGACAACAGAGCCAUACUCGGGCUGGACUUGCAGAGCGCCUUCGAUAAAGUGAGGCACUCGGCUAUCCUGGCCCAAGUAUCGGGACUAAACAUGGGCAGAAGGACAUACCAGUACAUCAAAGACUUCCUGAUGGAACGGACCACCGAAAUCUGCGCGGGAGACCUGCAGCUCGAAGAGAAGAAGCUGGGCAGCGUCGGAACUCUGCAGGGCUCGGUGAUCUCCCCGCUUCUCUUCAACCUCGUGAUGAUCGGGGUGGCCAACUGGCUAGAAAGAGUAGCGGGAGUCCGGCACACCAUCUACGCCGACGACGUUACGCUAUGGGUACCGGGAGGAAGCGACUGACACAUCGAGACAAUGCUGCAAGAAGCGGUCAACACCAUCGAGGGGCAGCUGGGCGGGUCUGGACUCGUUUGUUCUCCGGCCAAGUCAGAACUGCUGGUGAUUCCACCGACAGGAGCGGGCAGGAAAAAAAAGAACAUGGAAGUCAAGUACGAGCGGCCCAAGAUCAUGGUCAAGACAGUGGGAGGACAAGUAAUACCGAAGGUCGAGAAGAUUCGAGUGCUCGGGUUGCUCAUCCAGCGAAACCGAGUCAACAGUGAAACGGUCAACAAGCUUGUGGGCAAAGCGGCCGCGGCAAUGAGACUCAUCAAGAGGGUGUCCAACAGAAGAGCGGGGAUGAAGGAGGAGAGCCUGACUAGGCUCGGUCAAUCCUUCGCAGUUAGCCACAUAACGUACGUGGCCGCCUUCCACAACUGGAGGCCGAGCAAACGUAACAAGAUAGACGCCACCAUACGCAAGGCGUAUAAGGCGGCACUCGGCCUCCUCGGGAGCACGAGCACCGAAAAAUUCAUGGCGCUGGGAGUCCACAAUACGCUGGACGAAAUAGCCGAAGCACAGAGAACGGCGCAACUCGAGCGUCUCCCUGAAACGAGAACCGGAAGAAAGAUACUGCGGGACCUUGGCCUCGAGCCGAGGGAAGGCGAGCAGCAGAAAGACGUACCUAUACCGGAUAGCAUCAACAGAAAGCUCAGGGUCUGCCCGAUCCCGAGGAACGUGAACCCCGAGCACGACAAGGAGCGGAGGUUGGCGAGGGCCAGGGCUCUCGUGGACCUCCACACCAGAGAAGAAGGCGCCCUCUACGUGGAUGCGGCGGAGUAUCGAGGGAGCAGCGACGCAUACGCGGUGAUGGCUGUCGGGGCAUCGACGGGUGCAACAAAGACCGCGGCGAGCGUCCGGACUCGAGAGGCACACCGGGCGGAGGAGGUGGCCAUCGCCUUGGCCCUCUCCGACCCCAGAUGCACUACAGUGUUGUGUGACUCUAGAAUGGCAGUGAAGAACUACGCAAAAGGUGGGGUAUGUAGUGAGGCUGCGCGCAUACUGCGCAAGGCCGAAGACAUCGGACGCAGAAGCACUGUGGUGAUCAAGUGGUUUCCGGCCCACAUGGGCAGUGACGUGUCGGAACGCAGGAACGUGAACCACAACGAGACGGCCAACUCGGCCGCGCGACGACUAACCAACCAGGCAGCUGCAAGCACGGCCGACUCGGAGUGUUGGUUGCGGUGCAGUGCCAAGGACACGAUGACCACCUUCAACGAAAUAGUGAAGUGGUACAGACUUAACAGACAGACUAUGCCGCCACCUCACCCGGGGCUUACCCAGGAGGAGGCAGUGUUAUACAGGCAAUUACAGACGGGGUCCCUGCUCACCCCGGUGCUAGCUAAGCACGUGUGUCCGAGCGUGUAUGCGAGUGACGUGUGUAGACUGUGCGCUAAGGAGAGAGCCACCGCGGCUCACAUCCUUUGGGACUGUAGUAUAAAUCCACAAGAAGCCAGCGAGAAGACGAUGAUCCCGCCGCAGCUAGAGGCUGCAACGAGGAGCUAUGACCAAAAUACACAACUCAAGGCCAUCCAGCAGGUCUCGGCAGCUCUAGAGAGGCAGCGACCUCGCGAAACCGAGGAGAAGGGGGGCAGCACCCCCAGGAAGGGGGCGGCAGCCCUCUCGGAUCCGCCUAAGUAG